AUGGCGUAUCCUCCCCCGCGGCGUUCUCGCUACGACGAGGACGACGGCUACUACGGCGCCGCCGCGGAUGACCGAUAUACGGCACCACCGCCGAGACGGCACAAGUCGGAAAGGCACCAUCGCUACCGCAGUCCGGAGAUUCCCCCCCCACAAGAAACCUACGCCCCUAGACGCGGCCGCUCCCGCAGAGAAGCCCUCGAGCCCCUGGGCAAAAGCCUAGGCGGAGGGAGUCGUCGGCUAAGAAGCCCUUCUCCAUACGAGACGGCCGAACCGGUGCCCCGUGAAUCCCGCACGCACGGCCGACGCGAACCGCACUAUUCGCGUCCCGAGCGGGACGGUCCGAGGGACCCUUACAGUCUGGAGCACGAGCACGACCCGAGAGACAGGCACCGCCGCCCGCAUCGGGACGAUUUCGAACAUCGCCCACGUCGGGACAGAGCAUCCCCUUCUCCCGAUUACAGCAGACGCCACGCGCGAGACGGCGGCGGCCACCGCUCCUACAAGUCGCGGGCCGCAUCGCCCGAGCCGAGGCCAAGAGGCCGCGAGCAUCUCGGACAGGCCUACGGAGCCGACCACGGCAAGCACCGCCCGAGGUCCAGAUCGCACGACCGCGCGGCCAAGCGAGGCGGCAGCCCUCCCAGAGGGCGCGACGGCGGUCAAGGGCCGUCCUCGUCGAAGCCGUCGUCCUCGCGGCGCAAGUCUGCCCCCGCCCCGCCGGUGGCGGCCGGCCCCAAAGUCAAGAAGCAGCAGUGGUGGCAGAAUCCGCUCAUCCAGGCCGGCGCGCGCACGGCCUUUAGCGCUGGCGCACAGGCUGCGAUGCAGAGUCGAAAGGACCCCAGUCCGUGGCUGGGAUCCAAGGGGGCAAAGGUGGCCACGGCCGCCCUGGGGGCCGCCCUCAUGGACAGCUUUGGCUCGGGCGGCAAGAAAUGA